CCAUUUCUUUCUUCUUCUCCAGUCUACCUCCUUGGAUAUCUCGUACUGGGUGUCCAAGGGAUACGUCUGCUGCCCUUUUUACUCUCCACCAUUUCGACUCCGACGACGACCAAAAAAGGCUCGACUUGUCGCGUACAAUAAAUCUUCUACCUACGUCAUGGCGGCUGCUGUCGCUGAGUUGGAGGCGGGCCUGAACGCCAUGUCCGCCCUCAAGCCUCCCGGUGUCUCUGGUUCAAGGAUCGCCUCUCUUACUGCACUCUGCGUCGCCAAUGUACAGUCCGAGUCUGUCCUUAUUCAAAAGAUUUAUACCCACUUCAAGAAAACCGACGGCGACCAUAAGCUCGGAGUGCUAUACGUCGUAGACUCGGUGACACGCAAAUGGCUUGAGCAAGCAAAGUCUCAAGGCCAGGUUGUAGAUGGUUCCGCCGGCGACGGAACGUUUGCCGCUGGCGUCCACCGAGUAACUGAGCUCAUACCCGUCUUGAUGAAUGAUAUAAUCCAGUCCGCCCCGGAUUCACAGAAGGAAAAGAUUUCCAAGCUCCUUGAUAUUUGGGAGAAAGGCCAGACCUUCCCUCAGUCGUUGAUCGACUCGUUCAGGGCCAAGCUGAGUGCUUCUAAUGUCAAGUCGACCACCCCUGACGGAAGCCCUCCUCCUGGCCUCGUGUCUUCUCUCGGUUAUGGCGGUAUUGCCCAGUCGAGCAAGCCCGCCACACCUGCGGCCUCGGCUACACCAAUUCCCCCAGCUACGGCUUCAAACAGCAACGCCAUCAUGGAAGCCCUGGCCAACAUUGCUCGUCAGAACGUAUCGACUGGCCUGAACAGCAACAUUGGCACCCAGCCUACGCCAACUCCCCCGGUAGCUUCGGGGCCCGCGCUGGUCCCAGUCCCAGUGCAGCCACCGGCUCCCACUGACUUGUCCCGUCUGCUGAAAAGCAUCUCUCAGCAUCAGCCGGCGGGACCCGCCGCCAAUCCCACUGCUCCAUCAUACCCCGUACAACAACAGCCCGCGUCCGCGAUGAAUGUGCCAGCCAUGCCUUACCCAUUCCCCACAGGUGCUCCUUCGGCACAAGUCCCUCAGGUGGGCGCACCUGCUGUAGCGAAUAGUAAUGCAGGUGGCUACCCAGGCCUAGCACCCACGCCACCGGCUGCUGUCGGUUCUGCCCCCGGCCUCAACCCCGAAGUACAACAGCAAGUAGUGUUGAUUAAAGCACUGGCCGAUCAGGGUGUACCGCUGGACAAGAUUCCCGCCUUGGUUCAGAGUCUGCAGGCGGCUGGCAUGAUCCAACCCCAAGGUGUCCAGUCCGUGCCUCCGACCCAAGCCCCCUACGGUGCGGCACAAAGCUGGAACACUCCCCCCGUCACUGGUGCUUCACGUGACUACCCUGGCUACGGGCAAGGAAGGCGGUCUCCCGAGAGAAACUAUGGACGAUCCCGGUCUCGGUCCCCCGGCGGUCGGUGGGAUUCACGCGACCCGUACCGAGGCGGGCGAGACGGGCCAGAACGUCGAUUUGACGACCACGCCUCGAGCGGUGCUGGACGAAACGGUCGUGGAUCUUCAGAAUUCCGCCAACGGAGCCCGGCCGGUCGACGGGGCCAAAGUCCCAGCCCAGGCGGACCUCCCCAGCAUGACCCUCGUACUGAGAAGUGGGUUGAAUACGACCGGACCCUUCCUCAGGACCAUAUCCGUGUCUACAGCCGCACCCUGUUUGUCGGCGGCGUUACGUGCUCGGAGCAAGAACUACGCAGCAUCUUCAAUCAGUGUGGGGAGGUGCAGACGUGUAUUGUCAACCGAGAUAAGCGGCAUGCUUUCGUCAAGAUGGUAACACGAAAGGACGCCGAAACCGCCAAGCGGGCCAUGGAGCGCCAGCAUUCCAUUAAUGGCCAUCAACUAAGGACGCGAUGGGGUGUCGGUUUUGGCCCCCGAGACUGCAGCGAUUAUUCAACGGGUGUCAGCGUCAUUCCCAUUACCGCACUUACCGAGGCCGACAGAAAGUGGAUGUUAACGGCGGAGUAUGGCGGCAGUGGCGGAAGGCCUCUAGAGGGUGGCCUGGUUGUGGAGGAGCCCGAUAUUGAGAUUGGCGCUGGUGUGUCGUCCAAGGCCAUUAGCCGUCGUAUGCAGACGGACAAAGGGGGCUCCCAAGGCCCCAAGUCGACUCGUACCUCUGACGACCGGUGGCGGCGUGGUGGUAAAGAUCGCGGGGACGACGCCCAGUCCCAGCUUUCCGGCGCCAACGCACAACCACUCCCGCAGCAGUUCCCCUACGGUAUCGGCACCAUGGCGAAUGGCAUGCCGAGCUUCCCUCCCGGUUUCGCGUUCCCUACCCCUGAUUCGCAGGGCGGUGCGACCAAUCGGUCCUGAAUUCCACCCAACUAGCAGAAGCCUCGUGCUAGGCGGUUACUAUGGGUGGUUUGAAGAAAGACAGUCGCCGAGUUGGCCUCCGUUUCUUUGUUUUGUCCACUUUCGACGGGCCGGGGUAUAAUUAUUCUGAGCUUUCACCACAAGAAGGCCUCUAGGGGCUGCUGCCGCUGGGGCCUUCAAGUGUCAUCGGCGUUCAGGAGUCUGGGAGGUG